UAAAAGGAUUAAUACAUAUCAAGUGAUGAACGCAAAGGGAACACCAUGGCUGAAGCACCUCCUCUUGUUGCUACCAGGCCUCCGCUCUCGCGCCAAACAUCACCCAAACUCUCCCUGUCUCAUCCCCCCUCUCCAUCACCCUCCCCUCCCCCAGGAGCUCAUCAACACCCUCCCGUCUCCCCCACCCCAUCCUCGGCCUCCUCCUCAGGCUCCUCCCGCUCGCCGAGGGGCCUCUUGCGCCGCCUCUUCACCGUGAUCGGUUCCGAGGUGCGCAACGGCGCCAACAGACCCCGGAGCAAGUCGUCGGGCAUCACGGCGCACGAGUACGGGAUGUACCGCGAUGGGGGAGGGGUGCUGCGCCCGAGGGCAGCCUCCACCCCUGACCCCUUUGGGGGCGGGGUGCCCUCGAUUCAAGUGAUGGAUGAGAUACUCUUGGAGGAGGAUGGGGGCGGGGUGAUGGAGUUUGAGAGGAUGAGAGAGGGGAGUGAAUGCGGAAGUAGUGCGGAUUGCAGUAGCGCCCACUCUUCCCAGCAUUCUCCUGAUGUGAGUGGCGAAGGCCAGAGAAGGAAGAAGAAGAAAUGGCUGGAUAUUUCUUCCGGUGCAAUACCCAAUCUUUCAAGGUAAUCACAUUGACAAUCAUCACUUUACUCUUAUAUUUUGAAGAAGUCUGUUGUAUUAUACCUGUAUGCAUGUGUUAGUUAAUUUAAAGGAGUAAAAUGCUAAUUUGGAAA